AUGGAUGCCACUGCUGACGGGGUGAAGAGUGCAUUGCCACUCAUCGAGGACGUGGGCUUACCAUACCCAUCCGGCCCGCUGCUCGCCUCUUUUGUCACUGAGGCUAAGAAUCCUGCUGCAGCUGCCCGCUACGUCGCAGCCCAGUUAGCGCAUGGCGAGGGCUCCUCGCUGGUGUCUAACUGGUCCCAUAUCAUUGAUUCGAACGCCGUUGCACAGCAGGACAUCGUCAGACGAGACGGGAACAGGUGCUGCAUUACGGGGAAGCCUGGCACUUUUCGUGACCCUCUUGUCGUCGCUCCCAUUCUCCCUGUUCCGUCUGGCUGGGUUACAGAUAAGGACGGAAUAAAUGACAUGCUCGGUGCCUUCUUCGGGCCGCCAUACCGGGAUUGGUGCUUGUCCUACGCGUUUGCACACGGCCUUGUCAGAUUAGACCGACUGCAACAUUCGAUGGUCGAGUACAAAAUCAGACAUGUUCUCAUCAAACCGGAGGCACCGAUCGAGCUUGAUAGCUCGUUCUCACUACUGGGCGAUCACUCCCGACAAGGUAUCGAGAAAGUUGAUGCGCGCUUCAUAGGUUCCCAUGCCAGAUUGUCCGGGGCCAUCCAGUUCCUCGAUAUUUCAAGAACACUUUCACAUGCACCGAUGUCGCCGAUUGCCACUAGAACGCAGCAUCUGAGCACCGUACUACUGAAACCGUUCACUGCUCUUUGCCGCCUCUUCUCCCGCGUUCUUCUGGCGGGCUGGCGGGCUGUCCCCAGCAGCGUCCGACAUUUUUACGGGCAGGAGCCGCUGGCAGCGGCCUACCGUGCAGAGUCUGACGAACUUCGCAACGAAUUCAACGCGCUACGAACGGUUCGCCAGCACACCUCGAUCCCGACUCCAUCAGCAUUAGAUGUGGCGGUUGCGCCGAGAGACCAAAGCGGCAGUUCAUCUUCUGCAGCUUAUCUCCUGAGCACAAUAGUCCCUGGAUUACCCCUGUCUCGUUGCCUGCAUGUGCUGUCGGACAACGAUUGCGACCAGAUAACAGCUCAGUUGCGAGAGUACCUGGCCCAACUCAGAAACAUGCCCAUUCCGUCCAGUCCAGGCAACGCCAUCAGCAACACGCUUGGCGAGGCAUGCAGAGAGCCCCGGGUCGGUGGCGCGAGGCCUAUCGGGCUUUUUCCUGACGAGUCGUCGUUCAAUCAAGUCCUCCGAUUCUCCAAUGACCCUGCCCCCCAGGGUCAUCGAAUUCUUUUCACGCAUGCAGACCUUAACCCGCGGAACAUCUUGGUGGAUCAGGUUACUCGGACGGACGGAAGCACCGGCUGGAGCGUGACGGGCAUUGUGGACUGGGAGAGCCCUGGGCACUAUCCCGAGUACUGGAAAUACACAAAGGCCAUGUUUGAGGGAUUCAGAUGGCCACGGCGGUAUAACAAUUUGAUUCGCGCGGUAUUCUGGGGUCUUGGCGACUAUUCUCGUGAGUUUGAAGUUGAGAGGCGCAGCUGGGAGUCAGGGGACGUCGUCUGA